AGACAACAAAGCUCUCAUAAAGAAAGAGAAGCACACACGCACACAGGGAACCAAUACAUCUCUCUCCCUCUCUGUUCGCCGGAUAAUUACGUCACCGAUUGACGCAUUCCGUCAGCAAGUCUCCGUUGAUUGAAUCACACAAUUCUCCGGCGAGAUCUGGUAAUGUCUGAUUAAGGAUAAAAAGUUUGGUUUUGUGGCGUUUUCCUUUAAUUUUGAUGGUGAAUUGCAUGUGAAUUUGAUUAAAUUUUAGGCAUUUCUUGUGAUAAUUCCACGGAAUGGAAGAGAGUGUGCGAUCAGGGGGUGUGGUGAAGAAAAAGAGCUCAUCUGGUUGUUUGAUUAUCAAAAAGAAGGGGGAUGGGAUGGGUGGGGUUGGUUCGUCUGGUUCACAGAACGAGAAGAAGAGGCCUAGGUUUAUUCUUAGCGAAUCUGGGUCGAGUGAUGAGUUGUUAGAGCCUCUUCGGAGGAAAGUAACCGAUAGGUUUCGGAAUGGCUCUGUUGAUUGCAGAAAGAAUGUAGUGGAAAAUAGAGAAUUUGGCAGGAAUGGUGAAUUCGGGAGUGAAGAGAGAAAUAUGAGUAGAUUGGAUUUAUUUGAAUUCAACGAAUAUGAUGAAUUCGAUGGACAGAAGAUGAGGAAUGAUUAUAUGGUUGGACGUGAUGAGAAUCCAGUGGAAUUUGGAAGUGGGUCCAGUAGAAACGUAAUGGUUGAGAAGAGGAAACAUUCUUACUUUGAUGGUACAAGUAGUAUGAUGGGCGGGAGGAAUAAAGGGGUCAAUUAUAUGGCUAAGAGCAGGAUUGAGAUGCUGGAGGAUGAAGCUCAUAUGCCCGUUUCAUCUUUUAGAGAGAAGCAGGAAGCAUUGGAUAAGCCUAUAAGGUUGCAGGGGAAAAAUGGUGUGUUGAAGGUAAUGGUUAAUAAAAAGAAGAAGAUGGGUUUGUCUCAUAAUAGCUACAAUCAUCACAAAUUUGAGAAUAGAAACAUUUCUAGUUCCGAAGAUGCUAUUAGAAAGAAUGCUUUGGUACGAUCUUCAUUGUUUCCAGAUUCAAAACAUCAGAAAUCAGAUCCAUUGACCAAGAAAGAGAAAAGUAAGCUGAAAUUGCGGAAAUCAUCACCAACUAAGAGCAGGAAGGGCAGAGAUUUGGCAACAGAUAAUGGUGACACUCCACUGAAGCUGGGACCUCCAGAUGUGAAAGCUUGUGAUUCAACAAAAAGGGUAAAAAAUGAAGGAAAAAGAGCUCCACCAACUGAAAAUGUCACUAAAGUUGGCAGUAAAGAAGGAAAAAUUCCACAUGGUACUGGCACAGACAAACAAGUACUACGUGAGCAGAUAAGAAAUAUGCUUGUCAAUGCUGGCUGGACGAUUGAUUAUAGGCCAAGAAGAAACAGAGACUAUCUAGAUGCAGUUUACAUUAACCCCAGUGGGACAGCAUAUUGGUCGAUCAUUAAGGCUUAUGAUGCGCUUCAAAAGCAGUUGGAGGAAGAAGGUGAUAAUACCAAACUUGGCUGGAAAGUAUCAGAUGACUUGCUCAAUAAAUUAACGAGACAAACCCGAAAGAAGAUGGAGAAGGAAAUGAAGAAGAAGAGAAGAGAUGAUGGUCGGAGAAAGAAUGCAAAGGAAGCUGCUCGGAAAAAGCCUACGGAGGGCAUGGACAGCGAUCAGCAUGAAGAGACACUUAGUGUUUAUAUGAAGCAGAAUGGCAAGUCAUUGAAAGGCAGAUUGCAGGAAGCAGAUCAUAUGUGUGGGGAUGAUUUGAAUGAUAAUCUUUACAAAACAACAUUCCAGCAAAACAGGGCUGAAAAACCAUCUACUUCAACUGAUUCUCAUACGAUUCAACAGAGAAAAAGCAGAAUAUUAGGCAGAUGCACUUUGUUGGUUCGCAGUUCUGACAAGGGACAAAAUCCUGAAACUGAAGGUUAUGUUCCAUAUACUGGAAAGCGAACCUUAUUGUCCUGGUUGAUUGACUCUGGAACAGCAAAAUUGAGUGAAAAAGUGCAGUAUAUGAACCGCAGACAAACAAAAGUAAUGCUGGAGGGAUGGAUCACAAGAGAUGGCAUCCACUGUGGUUGCUGUAGUAAAAUCCUUACGGUUUCGAAGUUCGAGAUUCAUGCUGGUACCAAAAAGGGUCAGCCAUACCAGAACAUAAUUUUGGAGUCCGGGACUUCCCUGUUGCAGUGUCAGAUAGAUGCAUGGAAUAGACAGGAGGAUUCCGAACGCCAAGGUUUUCACUUUGUAGAUGUUGAUGGUGAUGAUCCAGAUGACGAUACUUGUGGCAUUUGUGGUGAUGGUGGGGAUUUGAUCUGUUGUGAUGGUUGUCCAUCAACAUUUCAUCAGAGUUGUCUAGAUAUACAG